AUGUCAGUCCCCACGUUUGACUGCACUACCAAUCCAACAGGAAUCAAGACUGCGUACGCCGAUGUUAGAGCCGAUUUCGCAGCUAUUUAUGGGCAGGAUCCAGAUUUUGUGACGAGAUCGCCAGGAAGAGUCAACCUUAUUGGAGAGCAUAUUGACUACUGUGACUUUUCGGUGCUCCCCAUGGCAAUUGAGAUGGCUGUAAUGUGUGCAGUGCGAGUUCUUCCUGCCAACAAAACUCCAUCUGUGGCAUUGGCUAACGCAGAUCCUCGAUUUUCACGGAGACAAUUUGAGAUGCCUAGGGAUGGAGCGGAGGUCGUUAUCGAUGCUGCUGUUUCCGAUUGGUCGAACUAUUUUAAAUGUGGACUUCUCGUAGCUCAACAAUACCUAAAGAACAAAUUUCCUGCCAAGUUUAGAGCCCAGCCGCUGGCCGGACUCGAGGUGUAUGUUAAAGGCAAUGUUUUCACGGGAGGUGGCUUGUCAUCGUCCGCAGCGUUUAUCUGCGCAGUAGCGUUGGCGGUGAUCCGCGCAAACGCAGGGCGUAAUUUUCAAGUUUCAAAGCAGGAGCUCACGCAGAUCACAGCAAGAGCCGAACACUACGUCGGUGUCAAUAAUGGUGGGAUGGACCAAGCAGCUUCUGUGUGCGGAGAGACAGACCAUGCUCUAUACGUGGAGUUCAAGCCGGAACUAAAAGCUACACCGUUCCGUUUUCCGGAAUUGCGGAAUUCCGAAAUCCAGUUUAUAAUCGCCAAUACCACUGUCGUGUCUAACAAAGCGGAGACUGGACCGGUCAACUACAAUCUCAGAGUAGUUGAGGUGACUGUAGCUGCUAACUUAUUGGCUGCGAGGUACGACUUAGAGCUACAGCCAACUGGAAACUUGGGAAAGGGCACUCUUCGGGACUUUAUGGAUGCGUACUUUGCGCGUUACAGGGGAGCUUCCCAGCCUUGGGACGGUGAUAUCGAGCAAGGCAUUAUGAGGCUCACUGAGAUGUUAAAACUGGUGGAAGAGACCUUGACACAGGAAGGCUACACGGUGCAACAAGCGUCGGAAGCUAUCCGUUGUUCGGUUGAAGACUUCACGCAAAUCUAUCUUACCAGCUUCCCUGUGAGAUUUCAAACCUUGAAACUCUACCAAAGAGCCAGACAUGUGUUUUCUGAGGCGCUGAGAGUACUAAAGGCACUUAAAUUGAUGACUCAGGGGUCCUUUUCCAACGAUGCUCAGUUUUUUGACGCUUUUGGGCAGCUCAUGAAUGAAUCUCAAUCGUCGUGUAGGGACUUUUACGACUGUUCAUGUCCUGAGAUAGACGAGAUCUGUAGGAUUGCUAGAGAAAACGGGUCCUAUGGAUCCCGACUAACCGGCGCCGGGUGGGGUGGAUGUACAGUACACUUGGUGCCUCGCUCUAAAGUCGACGACGUGCGGUCCGCUUUGGCGCAGCAAUACUAUGCCAAUCGCGAUAUGCGAGGCUUAAAGCUGGACGAUGUUAUUCUGGUGUCGCGGCCGGAACUGGGAAGCUGUGUAUUGGAGGUAUGA